AUGACCAAUCCAUGGACCAAGCCCUGGCUGCCCCGAACACCAGCACCGGGCAUCGCCUUCUAUAAUGCCAACUUGACUGAUGUCGAAGCCGGAUUAAUCGACUGCCAUGUGCAUCUGACGACGACACCCAGCAGUUUCUCUUUGAAAGACCUGUACGCAAUAAAUCCCAACACUGUUGCUCAUCGCACCGCCUAUGUGGCGCGGGAGAUGCUGCUGCGAGGCUUCACAACGGUUCGCGAUACCGGCGGCGCUGACGCAGCACUACGUGACGCCAUUUCAGAAAGCUUGAUUGUUGGGCCCAGACUGUUUGUGGCUGGCAAGGCAUUGUCCCAGACCGGAAAACAUGGGGACUUUCGGGCCAGUGACCAAGGAGAUGAGCCCAUGUGUUGUGGCCGGCACUCACCCGCCCUAGCCCGCAUCUGCAACGGGAAUCCCGAAAUGUCUUGA